AUGUUGUUGAAUAUUGCGGCUAAAGAUGUGGUUCUCUUGACUUUAUAUUUCGGUCAUCAGUUCAACAUCCCCUCAUUUUGGUUCAAAGCCGUGGUGGUGGGAAUUGGACUAGUGUUGCUCUUCACAGUCACCGCUAUCAUUACAUCGCUGGCAAGAGCCAUCUUCCUCCCUCGCCAACUGGUAUCAUUAUCCGAUAAGAAGCAGGAAGUCCUGGGCAAGCCUCUUCUGUUCCCGGUGAAAUUCAACCAUACCCGCUUCAUACCUGUGAAAGAUAAAUUCCUCAACCGAUUUCUUGUUGUGGGGAUUCCAGUUGGCCUUCGGUGUCGCAUUGGUAAUUUAUUGGCCGUGGAUGACAAGUCUCUUGACGUGACUCCGCCACCAGGAGCUACUGGAUGGUCUUGGAAGCGGACAUUUUCCCACUUCAGCUGUUGGUUCACUUUUGACUCAGCGCGGUUCCUGCAUAGAGGAGAUCAUGGUGUGGAUCUGCGAGAAAAACUGGACAGUUUUCUUCAAUCCCAGAAUGAGGACCCUAAACAGUGGCCAUAUGCAUACCUACUAAGUGUGCCCCAGUUCUUAGGAUGGUCUAGAAGUGUCGUGAGUUGGUGGUACCUAUACAAUAAAGACCGAGAACUUGACACGGUCAUUCUCGAAAUCAACAACUCUUACUGGGAAAAACGAAAUGUUUUCUUGAGAGUUAACCCGACCUGCGAUGAGCCACUCAGCCCUCCAGAGGCCUCGAAGUUGAUCAAAUACCUCGAUCAUCGGCAGCUAGUGCAAUCCCUGAAAUCAGCUCCCCGAGCCAACUUUUACAAAGGCAUCUGGAGCAAAUAUAUUUUUGCAUCUCCCUUUGAAAAAGUGGAUGGGCUGGUGUCCAAUCGAAUGAUGGAUCCUUUGCAACCAGCCGCCUGGAAACCAAACACAUCAUUUUCGAACAUGACGACAAUGGAAGAGUCUGGUGAAGUCCGCAUGGCAACUCGAUUGACAUGUGAUGGCCCACCAAUCGAUCCAACCAAGAUGAGCUCCUUGGACGUGGCAAGGUUCGUCUUCCAGUGGACCAUCCCGGGUAUGCUUACUACCCCGGAGAUCAUUAUUAAGGCUUUAAAAAUCAAGUUCAAGGGAAUGAUGAAGAUGAACUCCAAGCCUCCGGUUCGGAGCGGUAGUGUUGGCCGUGCAGUCACACCGUUAGAAAUAAAACUCGAGCCCUUUUUCCGCUCGUAUCUUGCUAGAUGUGUUGAGGCUUUCCCCAAGCCCGUCAAGCUCACAUACCUCCCAUGCCGGUCUUUUACGAACGACGUUGUUCGCAUGCGAUCCUCUUCAUAUCAAGACAACUCCUCUGAUACCAUAACUCUUACUGUUGAGCCAGUCGACCCACAAUUCUAUGCCAGAUUGAUCAAUUACCCCGAUAUGAUGACAGCACUCGCGCAUGAAACCAGACCUACUGGACUUGCCGCUGAUCCAACAUCUCAGCGCCUCAUAGUGUCAGACUCCGCACUUCUUGACUCAAUUGUUCAUUCGGCAUCACGCAAAUUACUGGAUCAUCCGUCAAAUGGCUCACAUACUAUCUCAAGUUGGAGGAUGCGACUGGUCCUCUUUUGGUGUCGUGGCCAUUCAGCUUCCACCUUCAUGGAUCGCUUUGCUCUGUUUUCUUCGACCCAAAAAUCUCGAGCAACCUAUGUCUCCUGCCUCCUACAACUAUCAAGCGCACAGAGGCUAGCAUUUGGCUCUCAAGGUCUUCUUGAUUAUUAUACUCUCUUUGCUUCAUUUGUCACUGGAUGGGCCAUCUUGGAAGGUCUAUCGAUGUUGAACUUCCAGUUCCUGUCAAUGGAAGUAGACCUAAGUUGGAUCCUUCUCAUUGAUUGCGUCGGAUACUUCCUUGUUAUGAGGAUUUUUGGGCUGGUGAAGGGCUGGUUACUUCGGUGA